AUGUAUCUAAAAUAUUAACAACCAAAAAAUUUCUCAAAGUGGUUAGAUUGCUACGACAAAUGAAGAAAGAAAACAUUUUCCAAUUGCUCAGAACCGCUGACCAUACUGUAAUUUCUUUUCUCAUAGAUGCAGCUACAGCAGCCUUGACCCCAGAAUCCUUGGAGGCCCUUUCCUCAUUCUUGGAUUUCACCAACAGAUACCAGGGGGUUCUGCUGCAGAGAUUUUUGCACGCUUGUGCUUUUUCUCCUCGGCCAUCAAAGGGGUUGCUAAACAUGCUCACUCGAAUUCUUUCUAGCAAAAUUCCUCAAAAAGACGUCCAAGAGACUGCCAUUAUUACCCUGGGGUCUGUGAUUGGGAAGAUGUGCUCUGCCAAGAUGUGUGAAUCACAGGAAGUACUGUUUGCAAAGAACUUGAUUCUGGACGGACUGAAAUCCUCUACUGAAGAUUCUGAGAUGAUGCCAUAUCUUUUAGCCCUGAAAAGUGCACGGCUUCCAGAAACAAUUCCCAUCCUACUUCAGUACACAGAGAUGUCAGGCGCUGUCUCCUCUAUUGCUCUGUCAGCAUUGCAGAGGCUUCCAGUGGAGCAUAUUGACAGCAAGGUUAAGGAUCGCAUGAGACAAAUUUUUAAUCACAGGAAUCGGCACUUCACUGAAACUGUUCGACUAGCUGCUGCGGAAGUCCUGCUAAACAAUGAGCCUUUGCAUAUGGACAUAAGAAAUAUCAUAGAGGCUAUUGGAAAGGAAGGGCCAGAAGUAUCCAGAUAUUUGGCAUCAAAAAUUGAAAGCAUUCGAUAUUCUGAUCAUGCAGCAAGGAAAAUUAUUCAUGACAUCUUGAAGGAUCUAAAGCUAAAUAACUACAAUCAUCUUUCCAGAAGUGGGAGUUCCACAGUGUAUUCUGGUUACAUGGCCGCAAACAAGGAUGUGAUGUCCUCUUACACUUUUGACUUCCUCUUUUCUGACUAUGGAUUUUUAAGACAAAGUAACACUAAUUUCUAUACCCACAUUAAUGGAAGUACAAUGCAUUCUGUACAGGUAUCCAUGGAGGCGAAAGGUCUGGAUUCUUUGUUUGGAAACGAAGGCGCAGAGGAGGAGGAGGAAAUUGAAGCUGAAAUGUCGGCCAUAGUCCUCGACGUGCAGCUCCGCCCGGUGAUGAUUUUCAAGGGAUAUUCCGAUUUAAUGGAGAAAUAUUGGUCCGCCACAGGGGAGCCUGAAAAUAUACUGAGAGGAAAUAUUCUGAUAAUUGACCAUCUGCAGGCUCUGUCACUUCAGUCUGGUUUACAAGCCCUCAUCCACAUUCAAGGAGGACUCAAUCUCGAUGUCACAGGUAGCAUUGAGAUCAGCUUGUUGAGUCAGCAGUCAAAGAGCACUAUCAGAAGCAGAGGAGUCUUGGUUGUCUAUGCCUGGACAGAAAUCGAUACCUCUUUCAGGCAAGCUGGGAUCCAAACCAACUCAGAAAGCCAUGCCCCGAUCACCGUUGUCAACACUGUGAGCCUCUCGCAGCUUCCAAUCUCUCACUGCCUGCAACUGAAGAAGGAUUCUUUCCAUUACAGGGAGUCUAUUGUGAUACAUGAGAGGUUUCCCAGUGGGAAAAAAAUCAUGAUGCAGAAGGGAAGAAAAUUCACCCUUCCUGGAGAAGAGACUUCGCUGCAUCAGAGAAAUUCCGAGAUUUUUUUAAAGGGUCUGGAUGGUAAAAUAACCUGCAGAGAACUUCCAGCAAGAGACACGCUCCACAUCUACUGUAGGUCUCUGUUUGGUAGCAGCUAUCUUUAA